AUGACGACAGAGUGGAGCGAUGACAAUGUUGAACUCAACAAGAUGCACGUCAGCAACUCAUCACAGAUGGCCAACAACACAGCCAAAGAGCACUGGGCACUCAAUCAGCAAAGACUCAAUAACAUAUGGCAACAAGAAGAGGAAGAACAACGCCAACAGCUACUUCAUGAAGAAGAAGCUGCCCAGUUAGAGGAGCGGGAGAAAACAAGAACAACUGCAUAUGCAAUUAGAAAAUUGAAAGUGGGACAUUUCUGUGACUUGCACUAUUUUACCAACAAGGGCUUAGAUGACGCCAAAGCUGCAGUUCUAGUCGUGGAGCCAGACACACUAGUCCUGCUUCCAGAAGCCAACAGCAUCCAUGCAUGGGUACCAGCUGCAGCGGUUAAAGACCCAAAAGCUUUGGCCAUCAUCAAAGACGAAAACCUCACUUGGGAGGAAUUUAACGAGGCAGCGCUGCACAUGAUCACCAUGAUGAAGACUCAAGACUGGCCAGACAACCAGGUGCUCAUGCAUAUCCAAUUCUGUGAGCUCUCCUACUCUACCAAGCACAACAAUGUUGCCGAUGGCAUCUCACAGUAG